UCCCUCCCUCAGAGUCUCUCCAUCUGAAGCGAGACUCAGACCUAGACCAGAGUCUCUUCAUUUGAAGCGAGACUCAGCCUUAGACCAGAGUCUCUUCAUCUGAAGCAAGACUCAGCCCCAGACCACAGGGUCCCUUCUGCUCAAACCUUCAAACUACCUGGUCUUUUGAGACCUCGCAUUGAAGAUGGCUCAGGCACCGACAGUCAUCGUGACUCAACCUGGAUUUAUUCGUGCUCCCCAAAAUUCCAACUGGCAGACCAGCCUGUGUGAUUGCUUCAGUGAUUGCGGAGUCUGCCUCUGCGGGACCUUUUGCUUCACUUGUCUUGGAUGUCAAGUGGCGGCUGACAUGAAUGAAUGUUGUCUGUGUGGGACAACGAUGGCCAUGAGGACUCUCUACCGAACCCGAUACGGCAUUCCUGGAUCUCUUUGUGAUGACUACAUGGUCACCGUCUUCUGUCCUGUUUGCUCUGUGUGCCAGAUCAAGAGAGACAUUAACAGGAGGCGAGCUAUGAACGCCUUCUAGCGAGCUGAUGGCGAGGCGAGAUCUCCCGCUGAAGAAGCAGCUGGUCAGUGCAUACCCUUCAGCUGGAGUCUCUCCAAAUCUUUGGCAACUGAGAUAUGAUGGAUGCAUUUAAUUACAGAAUGGUGGAAUCUUUUUAAUUGGGCCUUUUGAUUUAUUUUAAAUGGAUGUCGUUCUUUGACUUGGUUUUGCCUUGCUCCCAUAUCAUCAAAUACUCCAGCUUAUAAUUUUUUUACAUUACAUUUUAAAUAGAAACCAAAUAAAAGAUUUUGCUAAGAAGA